AUGACCUUAAGCAACGAUGAACUCGCCUGCGUCUAUGCAUCACUUAUCUUAGCUGAUGAUAAUGUUGAUGUCAAAGGUGAUAAAAUCGCAGCGAUCUUAAAAGCUGCCAAUUAUGAAAUUGAAUCAUAUUGGCCAGGUCUUUUCGCCAGUGCAUUAGAAGGUGUCAAAGUCACAGAUUUAAUUAGAAAUGUUGGGUCAGCCCCAGCUGCUGCUCCUGCAUCCGCACCUGCUGCCACAACAGCCGCUGCUGAAGAUAAGAAAGCUGCGGGUGGUAAAGAAGCUGCCAAGAAAGAAGAAAAGAAACCCGAAAAAGAAGACUCCGACGAAGGCGAAGAUAUGGGCUUCGGUUUAUUCGAUUAG